CUUAAAUUACAUUUCGUGAAACGACGACGUAUCUGGAAACCCUAAACCUUGAAGAUCAACUUCAACCACCAUUUUUAUUUCAAACAGAGAGCUCUGAGGAAAGGCUCAGAAUCUGAGAAUGAUCCGAUUCGCGAGACCAAAACCUAUAUUUGACUCAGUGAGUCACAAUCUUCUCCAGAAAUGUUACGCUAGUGGAACCCCUAAAGGAAAAUCGAAGCUGAAGACAGGCCAACCAUUGAAACGGAACAAACUCACAAUCAAGAAAGGCGGAGGUGGUGAUGCGGCGGUUAAGGGUAAAGGAAGAAUGAUCACAGAUGAGCAACAGAAGCUAUACGAUCAAUGCAUAAACGCUCCUUGUCCUGUUCGUUACCUGAGACCUAAGGAGAGAGAGCGAGAAGCGAGACGAGAGAAAUUAGGGCUAAUCAGUAAAGCGAGGCAAAAAGAGAUUGAUUUUCAGAAGAAAGGUGGCUCUUUUGCGAUGGGAGUUACUACUGAGCCGAUGAGAAUUGGGACUCCAGGAUUAGAUUACAUUUCUUUAGGGAUUUUUACGGAAGAUGAGUUACCGAAGUAUAAGGUUACGGUGGAGGAUGGGAUUAGACUUGCGAAAGAGUAUAGUAGAGUGCUUAUGAGAGAGCAUAGAGCGAGACGUGUAGCGGAGAUUAAUUUGGUGAAGUUGAGGAAAGCUGCGAUUGAGGCAUUGCCGGAGAAUUUGAAGAAGGGGGCGUUGGAGCGUGAUUUGACUCCGUUUCCGGUGAAUCGAGGAUUGGCUACUCUAACGCCGCCUAUUGAAGGGUAUUUGGAGAAGAUUAUGAAUGCAGCGGCUAAGAAGAGCUCAAGUAAAGAGAAGUUGAGAUGAUCUUGAUAAGGAAAGGAUGUCCUGCAUCUGCUUGUGCUUCUUCAUUCAAUUGCCUAGAUUCUGGGUAUUUUCUUCUAGCUCUCCAAAUUCAUUUUCUGCAUCUUGUUACCUCGUAGAGUGCAAUGGCAAGAGUCCUAAAGCUACAAAGACCACGAUUCUCCAAGGAACAUCAUAGUUUGAAAGCUGAGGAAGCUAGUCUAGAGAGAAUUGGCUAGUGGUUAGAAUUUAUCUAAUGACCUCUUGGCUUCUAUGUUUCCUUAGUCUAGUAGCUAUUUUUGUAGACAUAUUGAAUCCGAAUCUCUGGUAAAAUAAUCAAGUUUGUGUA